AUAUAUUCAUCCUCCUAUGUCCGGGUCAGGAUCCUACUUCCGGUGCUGAGGGUCCUUACAGCGCGGCUCCGCCAAAGCAAAUGUGCUGUUUUCUUAUCCGAACAUUCAAAUAUUUCUCCUAAAUUCACGUUAUUCAGCAUUGCAGCAUGUCCGGCAGGGAAGGAGGCAAAAAGAAACCGCUAAAGGCUCCCAAGAAACAGGGCAAGGACAUGGAUGAGGAUGACUUGGCCUUCAAGCAGAAGCAGAAGGAGGAGCAGAAAGCCAUGGACGCAUUAAAGGCCAAAGCAUCUGGAAAAGGACCUCUAGGUGGCAGCGGCAUCAAGAAAUCCGGCAAGAAGUGAACCAUCCAUGACUUGCUCUCCCUGCCUGUAUCUUUGCUCCUCCAGACACCGCUUUGUUUUGCCACAUUUCCCACUUAGCUUUUUCCACAAAGUCAAAGGUAAUUUGGGAAAAAAACCCGAGUUUUGUGUAGAGCUUGUAACUGGAGGUCUCACAGCGAUUCAUUAGUGGUUGUAUCAACACACCGAGCCACGGUUGUCUUAGAACAAUCAGUGGGUGUGACUGUGGGAAUAAUCAACAAGAGUUUAGAUUUUUUUUUUAUGGCAUUUUAUUGUAAAUGCAAAGACACCAAUAAAAUGUUUUGAAAUCACCCCAAAAA